AUGGAAGUUAUCAAAGUGAUGCUUUGGUAUAGUGGAUUAUUAGAUUUUAGUUUUGAUCAACCUCAGUCUGAACCAUACUUUGAGCUAGUAGAGUAUGCAAUGGAAAUGGAUGCUAUAAAACUAGGGAUUUUUACAUGUAAGGCCGUACUUGAAGAACCAAUUACUGUACAACACGCUGCAUGGGCAUUUGAUUUGGAUAAGGAGACUAAUGUUCAAAAGGGUGUAGUGGAAGAACCAGUUGGUCAGGAUAAGGAGCAUAGUGUUCAAGAGGAUGUAGUGAAAGAACCAGUUGGUCAAGAUAAGGUGCCUAGUGUUCAAGAGGGUGCAGAGGAAGAAGUGUUCGGUUUGGAUAAGGAAACUGCAGAAGAGUCAAGCUCUGAUGAUGAGGAGGGUUUUUUUGAGGAGGGUAAUGAUGAUGAGUUUCAGGAUGAAGUAAUUGGGUCAGAGUCAAACAGGGAAGAUGUUGAAUGGAGACAGUCACAAGAUGCCAUUAAACAAGCUACGAAGGAUGAAGUUGCAGCUACAAAGAAGUUAGUUGAAGAGUGUAUUAAACCUAAUGAAAAAGAAGUUAAAUUGCAUGAAUCUAAUGAUGUAGGGUAUGCACAUAUAGAGGGAUAUAGUAGUUAUGAGGAAUCUGAUGGUGACAUUGCCACACCUGGUGAUAGUGAAGAUGAUGAUGUCAGAGGUAAAAAGUACAAAGAAACUGCUCCAAGUUUGAACAGACUAACUAGAAGAAGUUUACUUGGAAAGUUGGAACAAGGAUUGCUUCAAGGGAUGCUUUUAAAGAGGCAGUGA